AUGUCUUCGUACUAUGAGCCUCAGGGAUGGCAGGCCCCCGUGCGCCAGGCGUCGUGGGAACAGCCGGUUCCUCCGUCCCGGUCCGGAAGUAGCUCUGUCUCUCAGCAGCGUGAGGAGCCGACCGCUUUCGCCUCUCAGUUUGAUGGUAUGGGACACGAGUUCUUCGCCCCUUACUCCCUGGUCCGCAUCUGUGGCGCAGCUGCUUCAGUGGUCGAUGGACGAUGCAGAGGUCGACCGCGCGAUCGACAAUCUAGUCAAGAGCGGGAAACUUUUCACGGUCCCGCGGAGAGACUCGAUGCCGAUGAUGAUGGGUCGUCACUUUCCGGAAUACGGUAUGGAUGUAAAGAAGAGCCUCUAUUUCCUGGACACGUUCUAAUCCAGUGUUUUCAAGAUCCGCGAAUGAUGGGCAUCCCCCAGCGUCACCACUCCCUCAGCGACUUCGACCCUACUCGUAUGCAUCCGGCGGCGGGUCUCCAGGGCUACUAUGCCGCCCAACGCUUCCAGGGUCGUCCGGCUGAGACGGAGCAGAUGAUGCAGGCAAAGCGUCGCAUGGCAGCGCAACGCGAGCGGGAGCUCCGUAAUUAUCACCAGGAGCAGCAGUACAAUCGAAGCCUGCUUGCCGAGAUGUCGGGCAACAAGUCCGACCGUUCCUUGAGUCCCGCCGCGAUGAGCGAGGAGAGUCGGCGUGAGCUUCUCGCCCGCCAGCAUCGUGCUCUGUAUGGCAAUGACAGUCCCGCCUACUUCCCUCCGGGUGGCUUCAGUGAUGAUGGCCACAGCAACAGGGCCGAGAAUGCGACCAGCGGUACUCCGACCUCCGCUACAGGCGGAGUGCGCGGACCGUCUCCCCGGGGUGUCGACCCCUUUGGUCUGGGUCAGACCCAGGGAUCGAACUCGGCUGAUGGCAUCGGCCAGGGGGCGACCGCAACCUCGUCGGCGGGUCGUCAAUCCCCAUCCCGCGCCAACAGCACGUCGUCUCCUAGCACUGGUGCCAACCCAUCCUAUAGUCUCUACGAUUCCAACGCGGAGCAGCCCGUUACGUCGACGUCGUCCCCCGGUGGUGCCGACUCGCCUUCCUCGCGGCAGCUGUCCUCCAAGACGACCACCGCUCCCAUCGGCUCUGUGGGUCCUAUCGGUUCGCGCCCUUCUCAGCAAACGGCUACCAGCCAGGCUCCCAACCCGGCAUUGAACAAGCGGUCGACCACCCCGUUGCCAUCGCCCCUGGGCUUCGGCUUUGCCCCGAAUGAGAGUGCCAGCUCUGCGGCACCGGGCAAUGAGCGUUCCACGUCGUCUGCGUCCAACCCGUCGACCUCUGCCCAUGCCUCUGGCAAGGAGAAUUCUUCCAACUCGGUUGGACUGGGAUGGGGUAACGGCAGCGGUGUCUGGGGCUCGAAGAACGCUCUUGGCGUUCAGGCCUCUGUCUGGGGUUAA